AUGGACAACCCAUGUUGUGAAAUCGGGCGUCUUUCUGCAGUCCCUGCGAGGCGCGAUCAUGCGCUACGGGAAUCUUCAGGUACAGAUUCAUCCCCGACCAGCAUCCGAAAUAAGGGAGUGUACAAUAAAAUAAAGAGAAGACGACGGCAUAAGCAGCUUUAUGGGCCUAUGGCACUGCGUUGGGGCGUUAAAAUCGCGUCACCGCACAUUAAGGGAGAGCCGAAAUUGCGUCAAGUCGAUCCCGAAAGACACGCUGGGGAAAUAGAAUUUGGACAGGGGAGUAAGUAUCGGUAUUUAUCUCCGCAACACUACGGGGGACAGGGAGACUCGGUUUCGUUCCUGUGCUGCUGCUGCCGUGACGAGUGUGACGCAGUACGGAGGAGGGAGGUACAGGGUAAGGGAGGCUAG